GCCAGCAGCAUGGCCAAGUCCCCCAGUGACCUUCUGCUGUUCUCCCUGGAGGAGCUGGUGCCCUACGACUUUGAGAAGUUCAAGUUCAAGCUGCAGAACACCAGCCUGGAGAACGAGCACCGCAGGAUCCCCCGGGGCCAGCUCCAGAUAGCCAGGCCGGUGAAGGUGGCCACUCUGCUGGUCAGUCACUAUGGGGAGCAGUGUGCUGUGCGGCUGACCCUGCAAAUCCUGAAGGCCAUCAACCAGAACCUCCUGGCAGAGGAGCUGCACCGUGCCCUCGGUCCAGACUACCUGGUCCAAGAAGGCUGCGCAGACAACUGCGAAGCGCCUUGCUCCUGCGGGGACAGCAGGCCCCGGCGCCCCCGGCCGCCCGGCAGCCCCGAAGCGGACGGGCAGCGGCAGAGUGGCUACGGGGCGGCCGGCCUGCCCGCUGGCCAGCCGGAAGCCGGGAGGGCUUCCCAGAAGAGGCCUCAGGGCAAACGGAAAGACCAGAAGGGCCCCGAAGGCCCAGACGCGGCCGGCAAGCUGGGGGCCAGGAGCCUCGUUCAGCCGGCCAGGAAGGGCCCGGCCCCCGGCAAGCUGCCCGGCGACAGGGACAGGGGCGGCCACUCUGGCACCGGGCUUCGCAGGAACGCCAGCUCAGCGGGGAGGCUCCAGGGGCUCUCCAGCGCCGGGCCCCUGACAAAGAGAGACCUCAGGAUGCCGUCGGGAAAGAAGCGACCCAAGAGUCUUGAGAUCCCCAUCUCUUCGGAGGGGGCACCCCCCAACCCAGAAACUCCUCUAACUCAGGAGCACAAAGACUCAGCGCCCACCCCCAGCCAAGGGGCCGCUCCGGAUGGGGGGGCUGCUGGGAACCCAGCUCACCCCCAAGCCCAGGAAGGGGGGGCCCUCCGGAGUAGACGUUCCGCAGCAUUUCCGACCAGAGAGGGGGGAACCUGGGAGCCUCCAGAUCCCACAGCAUCUUGGGAGAAAACUGGAAUGGAAGGCCCAGAGCCCCCCGCGGCCCCAGGGGCGACGGCGGGCAGUCUGUGCCACCAGCCUGCAGGGAGGCCGCGCCAGCAGGCGGGGUGUCCGCCCCUGCCCGCCCAGGAAGGAGCCCCGGCCGGGGGCGCCCGAGGGUGUGCCCCGCCGCAGUGUGAGCGGCACAUGCAGCAGGCCCAGCUGCUCUUCUGCGAGGACCACGGGGAGCCCGUCUGCCUCAUCUGCAGGCUGAGCCAGGAGCACCGCGGCCAUCGGGUGCUGCCCAUCCAGGAGGCCGCCCUGGAGUACAAGGAGCACAUCGACGGGCAGCUGGAGCGUCUGAAGGGCCUGCGGGCAUCCGGGGAGAAGCAGCGAGCGGAGCGGGAGAGAGAGACGGCGGACUUCCUGAAACAAACCGGGAUCCAGAAGCAGAAGGUCCGGUGCCAGCUGGAAAAUGUUGGCCACUUUCUGAAGCAGCAGGAGCAGCUCUUGGUGGCCAAACUGGAGGAGCUGGAGCAGGCCAUCGAGCAGGUCGGGCAGACACAUGGUGCCCGAGUGGCCCGGGACAUCGCCCUCCUCGACGAGCUCAUCGGGCAGCUGGAGGCCAAGCAGGGCCAGCCAGAGUGGGAGCUGAUGCGGGACGUCGGGGCCAUCCUGCACAGGGCCAAGACGGCGACUGUCCCUGAGCCGUGGGCCACCCCUGAAGAGGUGCAGAGGAAGCUCCGCUUGCUCUACCGGAAGUCGCAGGCCAUGGCGAGGGCCAUCACACAGUUCUCAGAGACCCUACACGUGGAAAUGAAAGCCUUGAACCUUCCAGAGCUGACCGGUGCUCAGGCAUAUGCGACUGUGGUGAUACUGGACCCCGCCACCGCCCACUGCAACCUGCUCUUCUCUGAUGACAUGCGGAGCGUGAGGCUGGGGAACAAGUCCGACCGCCUACCCGACAGCCCUGAGAGGUUCGAGAGCUGCAUCUUCACUCUGGGGGUCCCCAGCUUCAUCUCUGGCUGCCACUACUGGGAGGUGGAGGUGGGCAGCAAGACAGGUUGGGUCCUGGGCGUCUGCAACGCGUCGGCCAGCCGGAAGGGCAGCAUCACGCUGUCGCCCCAGAAGGGCUACUGGGUGGUGAUGAUGACGAAGCGGACCGAGUACCAGGCGUCCACCCUCCCCCCGACCCGCCUGCACAUGCCCCAGCCGCCCAGGCGGGUGGGCGUCUUCCUGGACUGCAAGGCGGGGAGCAUCUCCUUCUACAACGUCACGGCCAAGUCCCACAUGUAUUCGUUCACCAGCUCCCCUCCCCCUGGGCCCCUUCAGCCCAUCUUCAGCCCCGGGACACAUGACGGAGGAAAAAACAUGGACCCUCUGACCAUCUGCCCAGUGGAGGACCUGUGGCCCCACUGAACGCCCAACACAG